UGCCUCUGGCUGCUUCGUCUUCCUCCCCUUCCUUGUCCUCUGCCUCUGCUGCACUCUGCUCCACCCCCUUUUUUCUUUCCCCCAUCCAUGGUGCAGCUUUUGCCGGCGCUGGUGGCGCUCGCCCUUCUCCUCGUCAGACCGGUGGCGGAUGCGGCGAUGGCUAAAUACACGUUCACAGUGGGGAGCAUGCAGAUCAGUCAGCUGUGCAGCAGCACCAGCAUUAUUGCGGUGAACGGGCAGCUGCCGGGCCCGUCGAUAGAAGUGAACGAAGGCGACGAUGUCGUCGUCAAGGUCGUCAACAACUCGCCGUACAACGUGACCAUCCACUGGCAUGGUGUGCUCCAGCUCAUGACCCCGUGGGCGGACGGCCCGAGCAUGGUGACGCAGUGCCCCAUCCAGCCCAGCAGCUCCUACACGUACCGGUUCAGCGUGCCGGGGCAGGAGGGCACGCUGUGGUGGCACGCGCACUCCUCCUUCCUCCGCGCCACGGUGUACGGCGCCUUCAUCAUCCGCCCGAGGCGCGGCAACGCCUACCCUUUCCCGGCGCCGGACAAGGAGGUCCCCAUCGUGCUCGGCGAGUGGUGGAACCGCAAUGUAGUCGACGUCGAGAGCGACGCCAUCUUGGCCGGUCAGCUUCCCGCCCAGUCCGACGCGUUCACAGUUAACGGCAAAACCGGCCUGCUGUACCAGUGCGCGAACGAGACGUUCACGGCGGUGGUGGAGCCCAGCACGAGGGUGCUCCUCCGGGUCGUCAACGCCGGCCUCAACUCGCACCUCUUCUUCAAGCUGGCCGGCCACAACUUCACCGUCGUCGCCGUGGACGCGGGCUACACCUCCAACCUCAACACGGACACGCUCGUGCUCGCGCCGGGCCAGACCGUGGACGCGCUCGUCACCACCGCCGCCGCGCCCGGGAGCUACUACAUGGCGGUGCUGGCGCACGACACCAUGAGCCCGCUCGCGUUCGCGGCGUCGGACACGACCACCGCCACCGCGAUCCUCCAGUACAACGGCACGUCGUCCACCAACCCGCCCGCGAUGCCCGCCAUGCCGUCCAGCUCCGACUCCGGGACGGCCAACGCCUUCUACUUCGGGCUGAGGGGCCUGGGCGCGCCCGCGGUGCCGGCGCCGGUGGACGUGAGCAUGACCAUCGAGCUGGGCCUCGGCCAGCUGCCCUGCGACCCGUCGCAGACCAGGUGCAACGGGACCGCGGCCGCCGCCGCGAUGAACGGCGUCUCGUUCCGCCUCCCGUCCCCCGAGACGUCUCUCCUCGGGGCGCACGUCGACGGCGUCGCGGGGGUCUUCACGGCAGAUUUCCCGGACGGUCCGCCGCCGAGCGGCACGGCGAUGUCGGUGGGGACCAAGCUCAAGAAGCUCAGCUACAACUCGGUGGUGGAGAUCGUGCUGCAGAACCCGGCGGCCGUCCCGACGGAGAACCACCCGAUCCACCUCCACGGCUUCAACUUCUUCGUGCUGGCGCAGGGGAUGGGUACCUUCGCCCCGGGAAGCGUGGCCUACAACCUGGUGGACCCGGUGGCCCGCAACACCAUCGCCGUGCCUGGCGGUGGCUGGGCUGUCAUACGCUUCGUCGCCAACAAUCCAGGCAUGUGGUUCUUUCACUGCCACCUGGACCCGCACGUGCCUAUGGGCCUGGGCAUGGUGUUCCAGGUGGACAGCGGGACGACGCCCGGCUCCACGCUCCCUACGCCGCCGGGGGAUUGGGUGGGAGUAUGCGACGCGCAGCACUACGCGGCCGCGGCGGCGGUAGCAGCAGCGCCGGUGCCAGUUCCGGCCCCAGCCCCAGUCCCAGCACCAAUCCUAGCGCCAGCACCAGCAGAAUCGCCGUUGCCACCUCCGCGCGCGGUGGACCACAAGCCGUCGCCCAACCUUCCUCAGCGCAGGGAGCACACGGGUACCUCUAAUUCCGCUGCUGGACGGAGAGCUAAGGGGCACCUCGCUUGUUUCUUGUGUUCUGUCCUCCUUUUCUUUCUUCUUCGUCAACACAAGGCCUAGCUCAUGGGAAGCUUUGGCGUGAUACCCGCGCAGAAUCUGCAGUUUUGUUCGUUCGUGUAAGUAAUAUGAAAUUGUUUUUUCUUUAAAUCUUUUAUACACGUGUAUAUGGAUUUAUAUUCUGAUGUAAUUGUGUGACCUUUUCCUUCUCCACGUGGGAAGUUGUGCAUAGCAAAGUUCAUGUUUAGGGUUUAUUGGCUCUCUGUAUUCAUGAUAGACAUUGAUACAAAGUAAUAUCAUACACUACGGUUUGAUUUGAAA